AAGAUUGUAAAUUCUUUCUUUCUACCUUCUUUCUGCAUUUUCCCACUAUUUCUUCUACUUCCUUAAUUCUUUGCCCUCCUUAGUCAUCCUCAAAUUUUUCUGCUCAAAACUCACAGUAUACCAAUUAUGCAUUUAUCAGAUCUUGAUUUAAUCUUGUGAUAAUUUGUCUUAAUUUUUCUAUAUAAUAUAUCUUUGUGGUUAUUAUUUGAUCUCCAAUGGAAUACUACUGCAGUGUUAGAUGGAGGAUUAUUGUACAGAAAAAGCUUCUUCUCUUUUUUGCAAUCUCUUUCUUCUUUCUCUCAGUUUUUGCAGGCUACAACACUCUCAAAUCUACAACUCUCUUGGAAAUCAAUUUUGCGUUCGCUGCUAAAGCAGAUAUUUCCUUUCAGAAAUUAAACACGGGAACUACAAGGAGGAUUUUAGGCGGACUCGGGUCAUCGCCGCCGCGGUGCAUGUCAAAAUGCGGCAGAUGCACGCCAUGCCGGCCGGUCCAUGUGGCGGUGCCGCCGGGGACUCCGGUGACUACGGAGUACUACCCAGAAGCUUGGAGGUGCAAAUGUGGAAACAAGUUGUACAUGCCCUAGUUAUUCAUGCAUAUAUAGCUAGGAAUAGCAACAGAACUAAUACACUCUUUCACUCUAUUUUAUGAGGAAAAAUGAUAGUGAUAGUAUGAUUUACAGUAUUAUCUGUUUUAUGUGUACAUAAAUUGUCUGCCAAUACUAAUGUAGAGCUACUUCCUCAAUGUUAAAUUUGUUUUCCAUUUUU